AUGUAUUGCACUCUCGCCGUGAAUCAGCGUAAAUUUAACAUUCUCUCCCUCGGUACUGUGGCGAAACAUACUGAGCUGGAGAAGGCGAUGGCUGCACGCCUGUGUGGUGAUGUGGACUGUAUAGCCACAGUGGGCGACCUGUGGCACCACAUUCGCGACCAGGUGACGGCUGCUGCCGAGGAGACCAUCGGGCGCGCACACUGUAAGCGGCCUGAUUGGUUUGAUGACAACAAUGUGACGAUUGGCGCAUUGUUGUCAGAGAAGAAUGCAGCAUUUGCUGCACAUGUUGCAGACCCCAGUGACUUGGGGAAGGAGAGUCAGUUUCGCAAACUUCGACGGCGACUGACCCGAGAGCUCCGUCGCAUUAAAAAUGCAUGCUGGAUGGAGAAGGCGAAGCAGAUGGAAUGCUACGCCGAACGCCGUCAACACAAAGAAUUCUUUGACUCGUUGAAGGUGGUUUAUGGACCGAGAUUGGAGCCGCUGAGGACACUGAUCGAUGGUAGUUCAGGCGCUACCUGCACCCAGACUGCAGACAUAAUGCAGGUCUGGCGGAAACACUUUGACUGUCUCUUGAACAACCGUUCGGAGAUCGACUGGCCUACAUUGAACGGUCUGAAGCAGCACGAUGUGAAGGCGGAUCUGGCGGAUACGCCGAUCCUGGAUGAGACGCAGAGAGCACUUGCUCAGCUGCGAAACGGCAAAUGUGCCGGAGGUGACGGGAUCCCACCUGAAGUAUUGAAACACGGUGGACCCGCGUUGUUGACUGCGCUGCACCACUUGGUGCAACGCGUGUAG